GCCAAGCCUCGUUGUCGGGUGGCAAUGGCUGGCGUGAUGAACAGAUUGAAGAACUUAGACGCUUACCCUAAGAUCAACGACGACUUCUACAGCCGCACACUCUCUGGCGGCUUGAUCACACUAGCUUCUUCCGUCGUCAUGCUCAUCCUCUUCUUCUCCGAGCUUCGUCUUUAUCUCCAUCCCAUUACUGAGUCUCAGCUCCGUGUUGACACAUCAAGAGGAGAGAAGCUACGCAUCAAUUUCGAUGUGACUUUCCCUGCUCUUGCUUGCUCGAUUGUUAGCCUUGAUUCUAUGGAUAUUAGCGGAGAGCAGCAUCUAGAUGUGAGGCAUGAUAUAUCUAAAAGAAGGUUAGAUACUUAUGGGAAUGUUAUUGAGACAAGACAAGAUGGGAUCGGUCACACAAAGAUUGAAAACCCAUUGCAAAAACAUGGUGGCAGGCUAGAGCAUAAUGAAACAUAUUGUGGUUCCUGUUAUGGAGCUGAAGCUUCAGAUGAUGAGUGUUGUAACUCAUGUGAGGAAGUUCGUGAAGCUUAUAGAAAGAAAGGUUGGGCCAUGACAGACCCUGAGAUCAUUGACCAGUGUAAAAGAGAAGGUUUUGUGCAAAGGGUUAAGGAGGAGGAAGGUGAAGGUUGUAAUAUAUUCGGUUUCUUGGAAGUUAAUAAAGUGGCUGGCAGUUUUCAUUUCGUUCCUGGUAAAACCUUCCGUCAAUCAGGCUUUCAUCUACAAGAUCUGUUAGUGCUCCAACAGGGAGACACUUACAAUAUAAGCCACAAGGUUAACAGGCUGACCUUCGGCGAUCAUUUCCCUGGUGUAGUGAAUCCCUUAGAUGGUGUGCAGUGGACUCAAGAGACAUUGAACGGCAUGUAUCAGUAUUUUAUCAAGGUUGUACCUACUGAAUACACGGAUGUUAAAGGCCAUGUUAUUCAGUCAAACCAGUUCUCUGUGACUGAGCAUUUCGAGAAAACGGAAGCAGGACGCACACAGUCACUGCCUGGUGUUUUCUUUUUCUAUGAUCUUUCUCCAAUUAAGGUGAUUUUCACAGAGCAGCAUGUGGAGUUCUUGCACUUCCUCACUAAUGUUUGCGCUAUAGUAGGAGGCAUUUUCACGGUUUCCGGAAUCAUUGAUUCAUUUGUAUAUCAUGGACAACGGGCGAUAAAGAAAAAGAUGGAAAUUGGUAAAUUCGGCUGAGUUAAUACAAAACCAUUUGUAUCAGGAACAAGAGGAGCAGCUCAAGAAAGCUCAAGUUUAUAAUUGUUGUAAGUUUAAUUUUUGAAUAGAGUUGCAGAAACUAGUACUCUUUUUCUUUUUUUCAGUGUUUUUAAAACCGGACCGGCGACCGAACCGGAAAUUAUUUGGGUCACGGGUCAUUGUGGUUCGACCUGGUUCGACCGGAGUCGAUUAGAUUAAACUGAAUUUAUUAUUUUAUAAAUA